GGCUCAGACUGUAAGUGAGCGCAGAAGUCUCGAGUCGUCUGAGUGAGUGAUUCGAAGACUACUCGAUCUACCGAGCUCGGAAUCUCUGUCGACAGUAAGGGCAUCGGUCAAUUCAGGAUGAGCCUAGACAUUCACGAUGAAGGACCCGGCUUCGUGGGAAUUAAGUUCUGCCAGGAAUGCAACAACAUGCUGUAUCCGAAGGAGGACAAGGACAAUCGACAACUGCUUUUCGCUUGCCGAAAUUGUGAUUUCCAACAGGUCGCAGACAACCACUGCAUUUACGUGAACAAAAUUACACAUGAAGUGGAUGAGCUGACUCAAAUCGUCAGUGACGUCAUAUUCGAUCCGACUCUGCCGCGUACUGAGGAACAUCCUUGUCCGAAAUGUGGUCACAGAGAGUCCGUUUUCUUCCAAGCUCAAAGCAGGAGAGCCGAAGAUGAGAUGAGACUCUACUACGUUUGCUGCAACCAAGGGUGUACCCAUCGUUGGACUGAGUAGACCUUGCUGCAUCGCUACUAUUUCCAUUGUAAACUGUAAUUAUUCUGUAUAUAAAUUCGAAGCUUAUCAGUCUA